AUGGUCAUUGUUGAGACUAGUGUCUCGAACCCGAAAACUUUUACUAGUGAUCAAAAUGACGUGGCCCCAAUUAUUAAUAUUCCACUUCCACCGUCGAAUGGAGUAAAGGGAAAUCCCUUGUUUAUUGAAAAUGCUUGUAAUUUGACUAAAAAUCCCAUAAAUAACAAACGAAUUGCAAUAAUUCAAGAUGGUAAUUUAUGCAAUAUUCAAGAACAGAUCAAAAAUGUUGAAAACAUUUCAACGGGUGUACUUUUAUACAGUAAUGACAAUAAUGGCACAAUACCGAGUAAUCGACUGUCAGCGGACAUUAAUUCGAUCUCAAUCCCUGCGUUCUAUGUGAGUCAAACUGUAAUCGACUACAUACGAAGCUUGGAUAGUAAUAAUUCUCAUGUAUUUAUUGCGUUAUACCCAAUUCAACGAAAUAUCACAACAACUUUACAAAUUACUUUUAUUGCGAUUUUGUUUACAUUCUUAAUAGCUUUCGGUAUUUCACGCAAACGUCGUAGAGUUCAGUUUGAGACCACUCCUAUAGCUAUGACGAAUUUAGCAAAUCCUGCUUUCCUGGAAAAAGAGGUGGUGGAGGGUUUUCUUGUUAAGAAAUUCUCUGUCGGUGCGACAAAAAAACAAUGUCAUAUUACAGUCGAAU